UGGCCAAUGAACAGUCGUACUUGGAGACCAAAGCGAAAAAUCCUCCCGUCUUGCGUAAGUAGCAAAACCGGCGCAAGAAUUCCAUUAACAUUUUCAGGCAAACGGUACGGAACAAGACACACUCAGGCCGUCUUACUCUUUCUCAUAACGGCCAUCGAGUUUGGAACCCGAAUUAAUCUACCCGUCGCCAUCGUCGCGAUGACGACGACCAACUCCACCUCAAACCCCGACGUACCGACGUACAUCUGGAGCUGGGCCGAUCAUAGCGUGGUGCUAUCAUCGUACUAUUGGGGUUAUGUGCCACCGGGUCUAAUCGCCGGUCAUUUGGUAGCGCGAUUUGGCGCGAAAUGGUUUUUGGCACUGUCGGGACUGGGAGGUGCAUUAUGCGCGAUUCUAAUUCCUGUCCUGGCCCCUUUCGGCUCCUGGACGGUGAUGCUAUGUAGAUUGGGCCAGGGUGUUUGCCAUGGGCUUUUAUGUCCGUGUUGUCAUAGUAUGCUAGCGAAAUGGGUUCCUAAAUGCGAAAGAGCGCGUUUAUCUGCAUUUGUCUACGGGGGAGGAUCGCUGGGGAUGGUGUUGUCGUUUGCUCUGAGUGGGUGGAUGUGCGGUAGUUGGUUAGGCUGGCCGCUUAGCUUUUACGCGCAUGGGUUGGUUGGACUGAUCUGGUCCAUGGUUUGGAUUUUUGUUGGUAAAGGAAGCCCUGCUGAGCAUAAGGGAAUUAGUGGUGAAGAACGCAUGUACAUUGAAGCCUCAAUAGGCACUGGAGAACCAAUACAAGUUACUUCAACUCCAUGGAGUUCAAUCUUCAAGUCAUUUCCAAUGUGGGCGAUAUUGAUCGGUAGCUUUGGACAAGUAUGGGUCUUGACCACUUUGAUGACUAACAUCCCAACGUAUAUAGCAAAUGUCCUACGUUUCCAAAUUGAGGAGAAUGGACUAAUCUCUGGCGGUCCAUUUCUACUUUUCUGGAUUUGUAGCUUCGUUUGGAGCUACCUCAUUGACUUUAUCAUAACACGCCGAGCUGUGUCUACUGGUACGGCACGGAAGAUUGCGACGGGAGUGUCGCUGUACACCCCAGGGAUCGGUCUUCUUGUGAUCGGGUUAAUAAGCGGUUUAAAUGUUGAUGUUACCAUCACAACUUUAGUCAUCAUGUUUGUUUCUGUUGGGAUUUCAUCAGGUUUCUUAAGUGGACUUCAAGUAAACCACAUCGACUUGUCACCCAUACACGCGAGCACGCUAGUUGGACUUACAAACGGUGCCGCAAAUAUUCUCUCGAUAGUCGCACCGCUAAUUGUACACUUAAUCGUCGUGGAAGCUACCAAUCCCGCACAAUGGGCGGUGUUAUUCUAUAUUGCAUCGGCCAUAUGCGUGACUUGCACGACCUUCUAUGUCGUUUUUGCUUCGGGUGAAAUUCAAUCGUGGAACGGCCACCAAAUUGACUGUAUAAGUACUCAAAAAGAGCAAGCGAGAAUUUUAGACGAAGCAGUUGGGUUGGAGGAUGUUCAGCUAAUGACUUAAGUUAUUUGAAAUUGUUUGUAUUUACGACGUUUGGAUAAAGUAACCGAACUAUAAUUUUAUGAAA